GCACAGUCCCUGCUAGCAGCUAGCUGAUACUUGCCGCGUGGAAUCUGCACACGACGCGUGGGAGGUAGGCGCCAUGAUAUCCCUCCACUCCGCCCCGCGGUUCACGCUCUUGAUAAAGCUCGAGCCCGGCUGGAGGCGGCGGCUCGCGCUGCCGCAGUACGCCGUCCUACGGCGGCCGGCGACGAGGAGCGUCCGCGCGGCGGCGGUGGCCGAGUCCGUCGGCGCCGAGCUCCGCCGGCUCGCGCGCGACAUAGUGGCCGGCGACGACAAUGACCGGCUGCUCAACUACGAGACCCUCCUCGUCGACCGCUUCCUGGACAUCCUGCAGGAGCUGCACGGCAGCAACUUCAGACGAGUGGCUGAGGAGUGCCUGAGGGUGUCCGGGGAGUACCAGCGCGACGGGGGCGACCAGGCGGCGAGGCUGGCCCAGCUGGGGGCGCUCUUCACCAGCCUCGACGUCGGCGACGCCAUCACGCUCACCAGCUCCUUCUCCCACAUGCUCAACCUGGCCAACCUCGCCGAGGAGGUCCAGAUGGUGCGCCAGAAGAAGAUGGAGGCCAGCUGCCGCGGCAGCUUCGCCGAUGAGGGCUCCGCGCCCACCGAGUCCGACAUCGACGAGACCAUCCAGCGGCUCGUGCACGGGCUCGGCAAGACGCCCCGGGAGGUGUUCGACGCGCUCAGGACACAGACCACCGACCUCGUCUUCACCGCGCACCCCACACAGUCCGUCAGGAGGUCGCUUCUCGAGAAGCACGCCAGAUCGGUGAAUGCUUAUUUCAGGUAUGGGGACUAUAUAAAGCUAGGUGAGGAGAUUCAAAUUUAAUAAUACAAGGCAUAUAGCCUGGUGUGAAGGGCCGGUACUAAAAUAUUGUUUAAGGCUUUAGGACUUGGUGAUAAGAACGAAUAUGUGAUGUGAGCAUACUGUGCGGUCCGUGAGUGAAGAAUCUUGAACAGUGCUUGUUUUGGCUUGUUUAAUCAUGUGCUAGAGAUACUUUGACGUGUCUGCUAGCUGCUAAAAAAAUAAUACCAGCUAAGGCCGCACUGUUCAUCUUC